CGCAGGCCGGUAUUUUCCUCUCGGGGUGUAUGCUGGAGGAGGAUCAACUUCAGUUGCCUCGCCGCACGUUGGCUGUGCCGCUGCAGCUGUGCAGCUCUCGAUAUGGAAGCGGCAGAGCGCUUUUUUGUCAUGCAAAAUCAAUGCCUUUAAUUGUUCAUUCUGGUAAAUAUAAGUGAUUUGUUUCAUUGAGGAUCCCGCUAAACGCAACUAUUCUCAUUUGCAUUCAUAUUUAGAAAGAACCACGGAAUUGGUGUAGUAUUUUUUUUUUUUUUUUUGCAGAGAACGAUGCUCUCAUACAUUGCCUCGCACAAGUGGAUGACAUGGACUGCUCGGUAUUGAAAUGUGAAGAUGAGAGAAAUUAUGCACCCGCUGUGCACCCAAGAAUGAUAAGACUCAACUCUUUCGUCUUCUGAAUUUCUGCAUUAGCGCUUCGGUCUGAGCUUGAAGAGAACCGAAACGACUUCGAGCAUUAUUUCUAUGUCCAAGUUGCGAUUGAUACCGCCUGGUCGAGAGUUUGUUCGCGCGAUGAGCGUUACUAUGUCACGAUGAGGCUUCUGCAGUUCAUCAUUUUGUGUGGAUUUCUGAACACUCAGAUCAGUGGAUCGCGCCUCCGGCAGGAGGACUCCCCCCCGCGGAUCGUGGAGCAUCCGUCGGACCUGAUCGUGUCGAAGGGCGAGCCGGCCACCCUGAACUGCAAGGCGGAGGGCCGGCCGGCCCCCACCGUGGAGUGGUACAAGGACGGCGAGCGCGUGGAGACGGACCGGGACAACCCGCGCUCGCACCGCAUGCUUCUGCCCAGCGGCUCGCUCUUCUUCCUGCGCAUCGUGCACGGCCGGCGCAGCAAGCCCGACGACGGCAGCUACGUGUGCGUGGCCAGGAACUACCUGGGCGAGGCCGUCAGCCACAACGCCUCGCUGGAGGUGGCAUUGCUGCGGGACGAUUUCCGGCAGAACCCUCAGGACAUGGUGGUGGUGGCCGGGGAUUCGGCCACGCUCGAGUGCCAGCCUCCCAGGGGCCACCCAGAGCCCACCACCUUCUGGAGGAAAGACAAGGCACGGCUUGACCUCAAAGACGACAGGAUCACGAUCCGAGGCGGAAAGCUGACCAUUUCUGACACCAGGAAAAGCGACGGGGGGAUGUACGUGUGCGUGGCAACCAACAUGGUGGGGGAGAGAGAGAGCGAGAUGGCUCAGCUCUCCGUGUUUGAGCGGCCCAUAUUUGUGCGCCGGCCGGUGAACCAGGUGGUGCUGAUGGACGAGAGUGCCGAGUUCAGGUGUCAGGUGCAGGGAGACCCCGCCCCUUCGCUGCGCUGGAGGAAGGAUGAGGCGGAGAUCCCCCGGGGCAGGUACGACACGAAAUACGAGAAGGACGAGUUCAUCUUGAGGGUGAAGAAGGUUUCGUCAGCGGACCAGGGAAGCUUCGCGUGCAUGGCGGAGAAUCGGGUGGGGAAGGUGGAGGCGUCGGCGACCCUCACGGUCAGGGAGGCGCCCCAGUUCGUCGUGCGGCCCCGGGACCAGAUCGUGACCCAGGGGCGCGGUGCCACCUUCCCGUGCGAGACGAGGGGAAAUCCGCAGCCCGCCAUGUUCUGGCAGAAAGAGGGCAGUCAGGAACUGCUCUUCCCGAGCCAGCCUCCUCAGGUCGGAAGCCGCUUUUCCGUGGCGUCGAACGGCGAUCUGACCAUCGCCUCGGUCCAGCGCGCGGACGCGGGCUACUACGUCUGCCAGGCCCUCAGCGUAGCCGGCAGCAUCCUGGCCAAGGCCCAGCUGGAGGUGUCUGAUGCUCUUAAGGACCGCCCACCCCCCAUUAUUCAGCAGGGCCCAACCAAUCAGACGGUGGGAGUGGGCGGUCUGGCUCUGUUGGGAUGUCGGGCGUCUGGAGACCCGGAGCCCACUGUCACUUGGCUGAAGGGUGGGCUCAGUCUGAUGGGCACCGAGCCCCACAUGUCCCUGCUGGACCCGGGCAGCCUGCAGAUCCAGAACACCAAGCUCUCGGACUCCGGCCUGUAUACGUGUUUGGCCAGCAGUUCCAGCGGAGAGACGUCGUGGAGCGCCUUCCUGGACGUCCGAGAGUCAGCCGAGCCUGUGGACUCCGCGUCCCACAAUGCCACUGCUCUCCCGGGUCCGCCCUCUAAGCCUGAGGUGACCGAUGUCACCAAGAGCAGCGUGUCACUGUCGUGGCGUCCUCGCCCUGAGGACGCCUCCCUGGUUUCCUCCUACGUCAUCGAGGCCUUUGGCCAGCUGGUAAGUAACAGCUGGCAGACGGUGGCCGACCACGUGAAGAGCACGGCGUACACCGUGGAGGAGCUGCGCCCCAACACAGUCUACCUCUUCAUCAUCCGAGCAGUGAACGCGCGGGGCGUGGGCGACCCGAGCGUCAUGUCCGAGCCCGUCCGCACGCAGGACAUCAGCCCGGCCGUGCGGGGCGUCGACCACCGGCAGGUGCAGAAAGAGCUGGGUGAUGUCAUCGUCAGCAUGCACAACCCCGUGGUGCUGAGCUCCACCUCCGUGCGGGUAACGUGGGUGGUCGAGAACCCGUCCAGGUUCAUCCAGGGCUACCGCGUCCUGUACAGACAGACGUCCGGGUUGUCCUCCCCGGGGCCGUGGCAGGAACAGGACCUGAAGGCCCCGACCGAGCGAGGCAUCACCCUGCGUGACCUAAAAAAGGGCGUGGUCUACGAGAUCAAGGUCCGCCCCUUCUUCAAUGAGUUUCAAGGAGCAGACAGCGAAUCCAUGACAGCACGCACUUUGGAGGAAGCCCCCAGUGCGCCCCCCCAGCAGGUAACAGUGCUGGCAGUGGGCGACCAGAACAGCACCUCCGUCAGCAUCUCCUGGGACCCUCCACCCACAGACCACCAAAACGGCAUCAUUCAGGAGUACAAGGUCUGGUGUCUGGGGAACGAGAGCCGUUUCCACGUGAACAAGACCGUGGACGCGGCCAUCCGCUCGGUGGUGGUGAGCGGCCUGCAGGCGGGCGUGCGGUACCGCGUGGAGGUGGCGGCGGGCACCAGCGCGGGCACGGGCGUCAAGAGUGAGCCGCAGACCAUCGGUGCCGAGCUGCAGGACGUGAUGACAGACGACGACGGGACUGGCAGCAGCAUCGCGGAUGUGGUGAAGCAGCCAGCUUUCAUUGCCGGGCUGGGCGGGGCGUGCUGGAUCGUGCUGAUGGGUUUCAGCGCCUGGCUCUACUGGAGGAGGAAGAAGCGCAAGGGCCUCAGCAACUACGCAGUCCAGUCGUUCACCUUCACCCGCGCAGUGACGUUCCAACGUGGCGACAGAGGCCUGAUGGGAAUUGGAAGCCGACCUGGCCUGCUGAAGGCGGGCGACCCGGGCCUCCCUUGGCUGGCUGACUCCUGGCCCUCCACCAGCCUUCCUGCCAGCGGCAUGCUGGGAGCUCCCAAAGACCACAGCAACUUCGGCCGCGGAGACGUACUGCCAGCCGGCGGUGGCGAGAAGACGGGCACCAUGCUGUCGGACGGCGCCAUCUACAGCAGCAUCGACUUUACGGGCAAGGCGGCCUACAGCAGCCCGGCGCGGGGCACGCAGGCCACACCAUACGCCACCACGCAGAUUCUGCAGUCCAGCAGCUUCCACGAACUGGCCGUGGACCGGCCCGAGCCGCGCUGGAAGGCCUCCCUGCGCGCCCAACAGGAACUGGCCAGCCUGGGCUACUCAUUGACUGACAGCCGCGCCUGUGCCAACGGAGGAAAGAACGGGAAGAAGAAGAAAUCCAAAGGCAGCAGUAAAGCAGCCAAGCCCACUGGCUCCUGCUGGGCUAACAUGCCCCUCCCACCCCCACCCAUGAACCCUUUGCCAGGCACAGAGGUGGACCACUACGCCCCUGAGCAUGUGGAACAGGGAGGGUACGAGAGUGACAGCUGGGCUCCACCCCUCCCUGUGCAGACCUACCUGCACCAGGGCAUGGAGGAUGAGCUCGAGGAAGAGGAACGAGUGCCCACUCCGCCCCUCAGGGGCGUGGCCUCCUCCCCAGCCGCGCUGCCCUACGGCCGGGGCUCCUCUGCUUCGCUAGGCUCCUCCCACCAUGAUGGAAUGCAGUGCAUGCUUCAGGCCCACCUGGAUGAGCUGACCCGCGCCUACCAGUACGAGGUGGCCAAGCAGACCUGGCAUCUGAAGGGUAGCUCACAGCCACCCAAGGCCCCCGCCCCGCCAGUGGGUUAUGUGUCCAGCACGUUAGGCUCGGACAUCCUGACCGAAGGAGAGGACGAGCAGGGGGGCAGCGAGGCUUACGAGCUGUCCCGGCCGCUUUGCGGCUUGGACUACUCCCCCGGACUCAGUCUCGGAAGCAGGGACGCGGUCUCAGCGCACACUCCCGCCCCAGAGCCCCUGUGCAGCGUCGGGGCACGGCUGCACACUUCCUGGGGCUCGGUGGGGUCCGAGGGCCCUGACGAGUGCAUGGUGUCCACCCUGGAGCGACAACACAUGGCCCCCUGGAGCUCUAGAGGUACGCUGGGACGCGGCUCUCAGCAGAGGCCCUGUGCAGAACAGACGGACUCGGCGGCCCUGGGUUCAGCCUGCAGGGAGGCCAGCUACGCACACCUAUAGUUCCCUGUCUGAGGAAUAGGCCAGGCGACUCACUGCCCACCAUAAUGAGUGCGAGAAUGGAAGAGAGAAAGAAAGAGAGAGAGAGAGAUUGUUUUAUGAUUCAUCCGUGCAAUGUCCAGCGAGCUUCUCCCCGUGGUCCUGUACGAGGCGAUCUUUACCUCAGCAAGAGAGGCCAACACUGAACUGUGAAGCAGAUGUACAGACACACAUUUCAUGGCAGGCUUCAGCUCGCCUUCAGCUUUUGUUUACCUUACAAAGGGACUUCACGUGUAACAAAAUAGGAAAAUACACAAUACGUCACAGGAAACUGCGGGUUUUUUUUGUUUGUUUGGGUUUUUUUUGUUUUGUUUUUUUUGUUUGUUCUUAAAUCUGAAAAACCACUAGUACGUAAAUCCAAAUAAAUUAAAGGGAUGUGUAUUUCUUGUAAAUAUUUUUUUAUUUUAUUUGAUGUUGCUUUACUAUGCAAACCAAAAUCAAAAUUUGAGGUUUGUCUCUUAAGUGGUCUUUUUAACAUUGUGAAUGGACAAAAUGUGGUGUCACAAUUUCUUUUUACAUACACAACUGUUUGCUCUGUGUAACUACUAAGUUAUUAUGCGUAAUUGUUUAUUUUGCACAAACCGUUCUUUGGUGAUAAGCACAAAAUCUUCAGCGCCUGCUGAUAUAGAGAGAGAGAUAUGCUACAGAUAUGCUAGCGAGCGCUCGUGUGCGCGAGAGAGAGGGUGUGAGAGAGAGGAGUCUGCACAGCACCCUAAACAGAAAGAGAUUUAGGACAGAACCGUCCACAGAUACAGAUGUAUUAUUACUGAAUUGUUGCAAGGCGACUUGUGCUUGAACAGAAUGAUAUUUAAAGCAUAUAGUAGUUUCUGAUACCAUCUGAGCAGGCCUAAUGCCAUUGCCUGACCCUGAGCCCGGUUAAGAAGAGUCCAGAUGCUCUGGCGCAGCCCUUUGUGAGUUUUUCGCUCUACAAAUCGUAUCUAUGAAUCAAUUAAGAUAUUUGAAUAAGGCCUUUUUACAGGUGUCGCGGCCUGUUUAUUGCAAGAAGCCCCUCCGCCCCGUGGAGGGAAUCAAAGAUCUUAAAUCAGAGUUCGGGGCCUAGCACAGGUAAUGUCACAGUGGAUCGUCCGCCGCGUUACUGAUGAAAGCUUAAUGGAAGGAGCAGAUGACAGCUGCUCACGCGUGGCCCCCAGCAGCUGUGUUUAACCUGUGCAAAUGAAGGCACAUUAGAACAGGUGGGCUGAAAUUUUGAUGGGGGAAAUAUAGAUAAACAGAAAGGGAACAUUGCCCUUGAAAUCUUCGUUUUCUUCUUCUCCAUUUUUUUUUGGCAGCAUUCCUAGUUCCGUUCCCAGCUCGCAUGGUUAUUCAUAAUAUGAUGCUCUUCAGAAAGCCAUUGUAAAAAAUAUUAUAAUAUCAAACACUUGUCAGAUAUGUUUAUGCUAGAAUGCUACUCUGUAAAUGAAAGUUUUCAGUAAAUAUCAGUGUUUCCGAAUGGGGAAAUAACUAUGCUCUCCUGAUGAACUUCCAGUACUGACAGAAGCUGAGCCUAGAAGGCUGUCCUCUGGUAAUCUACAUACACUGCACCUGGGAGGCUGUCCUCUGGUAAUCUACAUACACUGCACCUGGGAGGCUGUCCUCUGGUAAUCUACAUACACUGCACCUGGGAGGCUGUCCUCUGGUAAUCUACAUACACUGCACCUGGGAGGCUGUCCUCUGGUAAUCUACAUACACUGCAACUGGAAGUUGUCCUCUGGUGAACUUCACACAUUGAACCUAGAAGGCUGUCCUCUGGUGAACUUCACACAUUGAACCUAGAAGGCUGUCCUCUCGUGAAGUUCACAGACUGAACCUAGAAGGCUGUCCUCUGGUGAAGUUCACAGACUGAACCAAGAAGGCUGUCCUCUGGUGAUCUGCAUACAUUUAUUAUAUUUCUCUGCCAAUCCUUUUGCUGAGUUGUUCAUUUUUUUGUGGUGUGGAUUUUCUCUACCUGUACAGAAUCUCUAACCUGCCAGAUUUGUUCUGCCCUCAGGAAACCACAUACACUUGCAAAAUGUGACCGUUUCUGAAACCAACAAUGCAAAUAAAAUCUGUAUGUUAAUAUU